AUGGUGCAGCCGCGGCCGGCGCAGGCGGAGGGCGCGCGCCCGGCGGGCGGCCCGGCCGCGCCCGCGGGCGCCGCGCUGGACACGCUGACCUCGCUGCGCCUCACCAACUCGGCGCUGCGGCGCGAGGCGUCCACGCUGCGCGCCGAGAAGGCCAGCCUGACGCACAUGCUGGAGAGCGUGACGGCCGAGCUGAGCCUGCUGCGCGCGCGCGCGCGCGUGCCCGGCGCCCUGCGCGCCCCCGCGCCCGCGCCCGCCGCGCCGGGCGCGCGCCCCGCCACCACGCCGCCCACCUCCCUGCCCGAGCCCUUCUCCGGCGACCCCGGCCGGCUGGCCGGCUUCCUCAUGCAGAUGGACCGCUUCAUGAUCUUCCAGGCCGCGCGCUUCCCGGGCGAGGCCGAGCGGGUGGCCUUCCUGGUGUCGCGGCUCACCGGCGAGGCGGAGCGCUGGGCCAUCCCGCACAUGCAGCCCGGCAGCCCGCUGCGCACCGACUACCAGGCCUUCCUGGCCGAGCUGCGCCGCACCUACAAGAGCCCGCGCCGGCACGCGCGGCGCGCCCAGAUCCGGAAGACGGCGGCCGCCAGCCGGGCCCACGCCGCGGGCCAGGCCGCGCGCCCGCGCCCGGGGCCCAGCCGCCCGCCCGAGGCUGCGGGCGCGGGGCCCUGCCCGGUCCACCCGGCCCGCGACCGCGCCAGGCCGGCCCCGGCCCUGCCCGCCCGAGCGCCGAACCCUUAG